AUUGCUGAGCGUUUGUUGUUGCAAAGGGGUGGUGGCGCUUAAAGGCGAAAUCAUGUCCGGUCGCGGCAAGCAGGGAGGUAAGGUGCGGGCUAAGGCUAAGUCCCGGUCUUCUCGCGCGGGGCUGCAGUUCCCUGUCGGCCGUGUGCACCGCCUGCUUCGCAAGGGUAAUUAUGCUGAGCGAGUGGGAGCCGGGGCUCCCGUCUACUUGGCAGCAGUGAUGGAGUACCUGACAGCUGAAAUCUUAGAGCUGGCCGGGAACGCAGCCCGCGACAACAAGAAAACUCGCAUCAUCCCCCGCCACCUCCAGCUGGCAGUCCGCAACGACGAGGAGCUGAACAAGCUGCUCGGGGGAGUCACUAUUGCCCAGGGGGGCGUCCUGCCCAACAUCCAGGCGGUGCUGCUGCCUAAGAAAACCGAGAGCCACAAAGCCAAGGGCAAGUGAGAUCUGCGGAUUUGGACCUAGACUUAGAGACAUUGCAAAUACCCAAAGGCUCUUCUAAGAGCCACCCAC